CCCGCGCGCUGGCCGAGCCGGGCGGGCUGCGCAGCGCUACGCGCUGGGUGCCUGUGGGGGCUGCUUAGCGGCGGCCGCUGCUGUAGCUGGAGCCCCGCACGUGGCCCCGCCAGCGCUGCCCUUCCUGCUGGGGCUUCCACAGCUCCUCUCGCGCGGCUGCCGCUGACCCGGCGCAGGGAGACGACGGGGCCCUGGGCUGAAGGAAGGAACAUGAAGUUCCCUUGGAAGUCAUUCAGUAGGAAGGUGGAUGGGCCUGUUUAAGAGAGAGUGAAAGCUGCAGGCCGCAAGCCUGGGGCCUGAGGGCUGGAAGUGGAAAACCCUGUUGGGCUGUGAUCUCUCGCUGAAAACUUCCAAGUGCCUUUUUGCUUCCUGUAAAGGAAAGGAAGAGAAGGAGAAGACCAUGUCCAUAGCCCUGAAACAGGUGUUCAACAAGGACAAGACCUUUCGGCCCAAGAGGAAAUUUGAACCUGGCACACAGAGGUUUGAGUUGCACAAACGGGCUCAGGCAUCCCUUAACUCAGGAGUGGACCUGAAGGCUGCUGUGCAGCUGCCCAGUGGGGAGGACCAGAAUGACUGGGUGGCAGUGCACGUGGUGGACUUCUUCAAUCGGAUCAACCUCAUCUACGGCACCAUCUGUGAGUUCUGCACUGAGCGGACCUGCCCUGUGAUGUCGGGGGGCCCCAAAUAUGAGUAUCGGUGGCAGGAUGACCUCAAGUAUAAGAAACCAACAGCACUGCCAGCUCCCCAGUACAUGAACCUUCUCAUGGAUUGGAUUGAGGUCCAGAUCAAUAAUGAGGAAAUAUUUCCAACAUGUGUGGGUGUUCCCUUCCCGAAGAACUUCCUUCAGAUCUGCAAGAAGAUCCUCUGCCGCCUUUUUCGGGUCUUCGUCCACGUGUACAUUCACCACUUCGACCGAGUCAUCGUGAUGGGUGCAGAAGCCCACGUCAACACCUGCUACAAACACUUCUAUUACUUCGUCACAGAGAUGAACCUCAUAGACCGGAAGGAACUAGAGCCCUUGAAAGAGAUGACGAGCAGGAUGUGUCACUGACACUCCAUCUCAUCCCGCAGAAGAAAGCAAAGCCUCCUGGAGUCCCAUGUGGACAGUGGGUGGACUUCUGGCUGAGAGGUCUCGGCGAGAGAGCUGAAGGCAGGCGGGGACUCCUGAGACCUUUCCCACUCACGUCACAUGCUCUUACCCUCAGAGUGCUGCUAGCCUAGACCUGCGGACCAAGCAGACCACAGCGUGCAGAAGGACAGGCUCAACCCCGCCACCUCGGACUUGCCCAGCCGAGGGCUCAGCACUUCCUUGCAGGUCACAGUUCUACCUGUGACCUGCCGCCUAAGCUUUACUGGAAUUCAGGUUUUGAGACUGAGAUGUUUAUUUGUACCUUUCUACUUCUCUGUCUUGUUAGCUGGCCAGCUUUUCUGUCAUUUGUUUCCCAAGGCAGAAUGAAUUUUGGGACUUUGGACCCACAGCAAGUGUUUCCGUAGCAAGUCUUCUUCUCGAUCUGUGAAGUCCUUCUCUGAUCCCGUGGUUUAGUAUUGCACAGAGCCGUGGCACUGUGAGAGAUCUGAAACCAGAUCUGGUAGCCUUGUGCCGUUUCCCUAAGGAGCUGUUUUCUUGGGGACCACGCCACAGGCUAGCUUGUCUCUGCCUCAAAUGGUUGUCACAUUCUACCUAUAGUAAAGAGCCUGGCAGUUAGCAGAAAGCUAACAAAUUACCAGCUUGUCCAGAUCAGAAUGUAUUUUUUUAUAAUAACCAUCAUCCCUUGACUCCCCAGUCCACAUUCCUUCCUAUUUCCAGAAGAGAAAAGUGAAAGAAAGUUACAAAUGACUAAGAGUGACCAGUGUGUGAGCCCUGAGCCAGAUUAGUGCAGUGUUUGUUCUUUACUCACAGGCAGGAAGCCGUGGCUGUCUCUGUGGAAUAUUAGUAUUUCAGUGAUAAAAGAAGACAGUUGGGUAUUCAGUGUGAGCAGAUUAAAUCCUCGGUCCUAACAGUCACUCCUCCACUGUCACAUUGUAUCAUGGCUCACAGUUAAUUCUGCCCUUGUGAUUGUGCCGCAGAGGCGACAGUGGAGCCAGAGCUUACUGCCCUGUGCCAGCCGUUCCAAUGCUCCCUUCCAUUGGACGGAAAGAUGCAUUCUCUUCUACAUUCUGACUUUGGAAACCUGAGUGUGGUUAAUGAAAUGUUGCAUUCGCUGAUUCAUCAUAAAAUUUUGUUCCUGACGGUCCAGCCUAUGACUAGCGGGUAAUAAUACUUCAAUGACAUGUGAGUUUAACAAAGUACCAGUUGGUGGAGAGAAGUAGACAAGAAUGUAUUAGUGCAUUUUAAUGUAGUAACAGUUAAAAGAUAACUGAACAACUCUGAAUUUACUUUACAUAAUACAUUCAAGGCACUUGUGGCUGCCUUGAAAGUCUAGUAAUCAUGAAUCCUUUGUGCAAACUAAAAAAGGUUGACUAUUUAGAGACAGUAGCAUUCUAUGUUGACCUAACCGUGCAGAUCAACUCUUCCUUUAUAUCUCAUACAAGUUGCCUAAUCAAAGCCAGAUGUUGCUACCUCUCUCCAUCUGCUCCAGUCAACAAUAAAACAUUUUCCUUGCUAACUUUUAGAAGUCAAGAUCAGCAAAGAUUUUUUCAGCAUCACUUUUGGCUGUAAGAAUAUCUGAUUGUCCUAGGUUCCAGAAAAACAAGGGCCCCUCACUUGCGAGCUACACAAUGAUACAAUACCACAGGGGAAGGCAGCGUGGUGGCACAGAGAAAUGACAGCUUGGAGCUCAUUGUCUCAGAGAUUUUUUUUAAGCUUUGUACCCUGGAAAACAACAGAUUUUUGCAUUUAAGAAGUUAAAUAUGUUUCUUACAUUUCAGUGAUCUUAAUCAAGUGGGAGGUUAGACUCUGAAGACAUUUAUUGUUAAUUUUUAAUGUCAUUUUAGUGGUUUGUAUGAAAUCUCCACUCGACUUAAGAAUUAAAAUGUUUAUAAAUUUUUAGAACAAUUUCUUCCUGGUUAUAUUGAUAAUUGUACUAAUCAACUCUUCUAGAGUAACGUCUGGCAGAUACUCAUGUUCUUUAAUUACAGGAUGUUCCUAUUACAGCAGAACUUUGUUUGGCAAAUUCUGUUGAAAAUCUUCACAGGCAAUUUCUGUCUUUGGCCUGACUUCAUCUUCCAUGCAUCUCCUACUGAAAUGGAGGAUCUGAGCUCUUCCACUGGGCCUCUUUGGCCCACUGGGCACAGGAUGGCCACUCUGCUUCUCCUUCCUAACUGCACCCCUCCACGCCACCUUUUUCCAAUAUUUUCAGAAAUUUCAAAGUGGAAAUUUCAAUACUGAAAGAUUACAAGAGCACCCUUAAAUUCAUCAAUUGUUAAUGUCUUCCCCAUUUUUAUUUCUUACUAUACAUAUUCCUAUUGCUGAACCAUUUAAAAAUAAACUGUAGUAAUCAAGACACCGUAAAGUACUUAUGUUCCUCCUUACUAGUAAGAACUUUGUCCAAUCCACUUUCUUUUUUUUUUGUCUUUUUCCUUUUUAUCAGUACCAGGGAUCGAAGUCCAAUCCACUUUCAGUGACAUUAUCUCCUCCAAGAAACUGAGCAAAAACAUGACAUACUUAGUAUACAAGCCAUGGUCAAAAGUCUCCAGUUGCUAUCUAUUCUUUAUAGUCUGUUUCUUUUUGAAUCUAGGAUUCAGUCAAGAAUCACACACGCAUUAACUUGCCUUUGUCUUUAGUUUUCUUUAAUGGACUGGAGUUCCCCCUUUGGUGUGUGUGCUUGUGUGGUGAUAGAUGUUUGUGGAGGGCUUUAGGGUGUGUGUGUGUGUGUGUGUGUGUGUGUAUGUGAUGUGGUAUGUCUUUCAUGACACUGACAUUAAAGAGUUCAGGUUGGUUUGUUUGUAGACUAUCCCACAAUUUGGAGUCUUUGUGUUUGUUUUGUUUUUCUGAUUGUUUCUCAUUAUGUGAUUUAGGUUAGACUUUUUUUGGAAAGAGUAGUUCAUCUGUUUCCUUCCUAUCAUAUCUAAAGGUCUCUUCACAAUAUCCAGAUUGAUCAGUGUGCUCAGGCGUCGUGUCCCUGAUCCAGUCGUUAUUAUAGAGUUCCAUCAUUUACUAAGUUCUGAAGAGCUGCACACAUACAUUCUAGAGAGUGGAGUCUAUACGUGUAUGAGUCCACUUCUUAGUAUUAUCAAAGGUCCACGAUAAAGAUCAUAUCCACUACAGCUGGAUAGAUAGCAGUGCCCAAGACUCACCUUUUCACUAAUGAAAGGACAGGGAAGCAGGAGGAGCUUCCAGGUGCAGACAGCACACAAGUAUCUUGGAUAAUGAGAACUUCCAUGGUCAAGCAGCUUUGAUUCUCCCGGUGACUUCCCACUCAGAUCCAUGGUAUAAUCACAGAGAACAUGUGUUCUUGUGGAGGGUGUCCUUGUUAAGGACUCCAGUGAACUGUAGUCCUCCAAGGACCACAGCACUUAUUUAUGCUGAAUUAUGUAUGAAGUGUUUAUCUGGCAUCUUUGUAGGGAAUGGCAGAGGAGUUGGGGAAGAUGGCUAGGGAUAAAGCGUCUAACAAAGCUCCUCAGUGGAAAAAUAAUAGGCAAAGAAAGACUAAGCUAGAGUCAUUUUCUGCAUUUUAAGUUGUUAAUAGUCUCUUGUUGGAGUUUUCUCAUUCCUAAGGGCCCAGAGUCUCAGAGCCAGAAUAAAUGGAAGAAACUGGCAGAUUUCUUAAUCUCUCCCUUCCGCCUCCCAAACCGGGUAACAUUUUGGGUGCGAACUUGUUUUCCUCUCACCUGCUUCAGGCAUACAACUCCUACUGCAGCCCUGGCAGAACCCCCAAAGCUUUACAGUGUCUGAAUCCCUGGUCAACGGGAGCUGAAUUUUCUGUAACUUUCACCACCUUUUCUAGUGUCCCACCUUUGAAAAGGUCCAAUGACUAUAUGGGAUAAAUAAAAAUUUAAUAAGAACUUUUUUUGCACACCCCUUAAAUAUUUGAAAAUACCACCAGUGGCCUUUAGCUUUCCUUCUGUUGGAGCCCCCCACGUACCCCCACAGUGUCCCUGGGAAGUCUCUGUCUGGUUGUUAACUGUUCCUGUGGUCAACUAGGAAGCUUCCCAGAUUCCCCAGUGUCUACACUUCAGAUGUCACCCACCAUGAGCCUGCUCGGAAACUGUUCCCUGCUUCUUCAAAGCCAUUUAUGUCUUUGUGAAGUACUGACUUGCUAUUUAGACACCUGAAAACAUUUUUUUCUAUUUUAAGUUCCACACAGAAUUCUUAACUUUUAUAUUCCACCAUUUUGGCUUCCCUUUUUGGCUAGUCUUUCCUCCCUCUUUUAACAUACCUCCUUGGAUGAGCCUAUUCCGAGUUCGGUGACAGUGUUUGUUUUUAACCAUCUCUUUGAGAAAACGUUAAGGAAUGUAAGCAGAGGCCCUCCUAGCUUGUUGCGAUUUAUGCUGGUCAUCAUUCUGACCAUCGGUGGAAGCACCUUCCUUUGUGUGGUCUCUAACCUGGUGUUCCUUUCUCACCUCAUGGGUAUCACAACUGUGAGAAAAAGAAACUUUGUAAGAAAAAUAUGCCUGUGUCUUCAAGAAAUGAGCACCAGGUCCUAAAAGGAAAUAGAGCAUCAUUAGGAUAAUGCUGUUGUCAUUCUUGCUCCGCUCAUUUUGGUCUUUGAAGAAACUGAUGAUUCUCUUCUAGAAUGAGCCAAACAAAGUAUGUUUUGCAAGUAAUGAUCAUUCUCCUGCUUUAAAUAUAUAUCAACAGAAAACCUUUGUAACAGGCUAUUUUCCUCUGGACGGGUUUUAAUUCCGAGUAAGAAUUUUCAAUGAAUAUGUAAGAAUUUGUAUAACAUAGAGGGGAGAGCCCAUUUCUAAUGAAACAGGUAAGCUAUUUUACUAGCCUCUAGUAUUCCGAUUUCAAAGUUUUCCUGUAUCGUUUUUACAUAUGUUUGAAAAAAUUUUGACUAUGUUUUUAGUUCCAUUUGUGAUUAAAUUAAGAAUUUGAAUAUAAAACAGACUAACACAAUUAAAUCAAUUAGUAAAGUAAGAGAAAAUUAAAAGGUAUUUAUGAAAUCAGUUCUUUGUGAGCUUAGAAUUCAAAUGUCACAAAUAAAAGACAUGUAACUAUCA